UGAAAUCUUCCAAACACCAUUUCCUCUCGGUAGCGACAAUAUUUCUUGCAAUUGAGGAAGUGAAACAAGUAAAUCCCUAGUUUAACGGCGAAAGUUUGCGCCAGUUUCAUUAGUUUAUCCCUGAAUGGGCAACAUACAGCAGGCAUAUUACUUGUCUUUGUUACAUGGGAUGGAGCCGCUACUUACUCGGCAGUGAGGAAGAUCCAGCUUUCGGAUGAAUUUCCCUUUGUACCUUCUCACCCUCGGGAUCUCCCAGCCAACUUUCUUCGCAUCAUUCUGUGUGAUCGCCUACGUACUGGCAGGAGGAAACGCGGUUGGUCAAGGCUGGACACGUCAAAAGGGUGACAUGGUCACUAAAAGUUGCGAAUGUCUGGAAUUGGUAAAGUAAUUUCGGAUCGUAAAGCCUUGUUGGAGUAUCUUGAAGAGGACAAUCCUCUAGAAUAAUUGUUUUCAGGAUUUCAGGAGCGCCAAAACAAGUGAUUGCAGUUGCGAAUAAAGGAUUUAUAACACCGUCUUCGCAAAUUUGCCUGAGCAGUGCGAUCCCGGAUGGCUGCAUUUUUGGUUGGUUUUGUUGCGUUGCUUCAGAUCGUGCCAGUAAUCAGCGAAUCAUGCCUUAUAAUCAGCGAGGUAAACGCAGACAAUCCCAAGCUGGACACCACUGAGUUUGUAGAGCUCUAUCACACAAGUGGCAAGGCAGCCUCUUUAGAUGGCUACACCUUGGUCUUCUAUAAUGGGAACGGAAAUGUAGCUUACAAAGUGCUGAACCUUAGUGGCCACACUACAGAUGCCAGGGGGUUCUUUCUUGUGGGCUCUGCUGAAGUCCAGCCCAAACCAGCAAUCAUACUGCCCCCUAAUACAGUGCAGAAUGGGCCAGACGCCAUUGUGCUUUACCAGGGCAACACAGAGCGGUACAGCGAGAAGAUGAAUAUAACAACCGUCGGUUUGAUGGAUGCUAUUGUAUACUCAACGCGGCAGUCAAUGGAUGCAGAGUUUAUGGCGGACAUCCUGACACCAGGAUCUCCUGCUUUUAUCGAGGAUGAUUCGGUACAUAAGAGCGACGAGUCCAUGGAGCGCUGCUGGCUGUCCUCUGGCAGCUGGACCUUUCAGGUGGGGCUACCAUCACCUGGUCAGCACAACCAGUGCCACUCAUCCAAUGGCACCGCAGUGCAAAUCAGCGAGCUCCGGCUGGGAGAAGGACAGACCGAAGGGUUUGUGGAGCUCAGUAUCUCUAAACCAGCAGAUCCCCUGGUCUUGGUACUCCUGGAUGGAAGAACAGCCACUGUUACCUUCAGCAUGGAUAUCAAUGCCCCAAAGGAGGGCCUUCUUCUCAUAACUUCAAAAGGAAGUGGACUGAAAGGCGACUUGAUGUUCUCCUCGGGGAACCUCUCCAUACUGAAGCCUCAAGGGGCAUCUUCUGGUGCUCUGGCAGUGUAUGCUGGCCGAACGACAGACUUUACCAUCGGUAGCGCGGUCAGCCCACUGGAGCCCCUGGACUCUUUUGUGUAUGCCGGGCCAGACGCCACACCCAGCGCCAACCUGACCGAAACUUUAAUCCCAGGAAGAGAUGCCUUUCAGCUCAGCAGUAGUGUCGAACUGGGAGGCAUAACCCUCAGCCGCUGUGGAACGGCUAGCUGGAGCAGAGACCCAGGUGUUUUCAUUAAGACUGUUCAAACUCCCGGAAAAGCCAACCACUGCUUGUGGCCAGAAUCGUGUCCUAAAAAAUCUGUGAUUCCUGAAGGUACAGCGGCGCCUCCCCCCUGGGAUCCGGCCAGUCAGCAGGACUUCCUGCUAAAUGAGGUGAACGCUGACAUCCCCGGUGCGGAGGAGGACGCCGAAUUCAUUGAGAUCUGGCACCCCACUGGCCGACGCAUGUCCCUGGACGGCAUCUGGCUGCUCCUUUUCAACGGGCACAAUAGCAAACCUUAUCGGGAGAUCAGCCUCACGGGCUACUUCACAGACACCCGCGGCUACUUCCUUGUGGGCAGUGAUGGGCUGGUCCCCAAGCCCUCCAUACAGCUUCCACCCAACACCAUCCAGAACGGGCCGGACGCCGUGGCCCUGUACCGCAGCACCAGAGGGCCACCAUCCACACUGUCCCCUGGCAUCCCCGCGGAGGGACUCCUGGAUGCUGUGGUGUACCGCCGGCCCGGCUCCGACAAGGAGGCCCGAGAUCUGAGUGACGCACUGACUCCCGGCCAGCUGCCCCUGCUUGAAGACCCCACGUUCCACGUGGAGGAUGAGUCGCUGAGCCGCUGUAACAGCCGGCGCCCUUUUGACCUGCUCUCUUUUGUGGUGACGUCCCCCACGCCCCUGCAGAAAAAUGUGUGUCCCGAUCCUCCAGUAGGUGUUGUUAUUAAUGAGAUAAGCAGCACUGAGUGGUCCAACCAUAGUCAGCAGCAGAACUUUGUGGAGUUACAUGCUCCACCCAUGACCAAGCUGCAGGGGCUGGUCCUAGUUGUCUUUGAAGAGGGACACGGUGGGGAAACACUGGCUGUUCCUCUGACAGGUUCUGCUGAUCAGGAUGGGUACUAUCUCAUUGGGAAUGGCACCAAUGCUGACCAGGCUUGGCCACUGAGGAGAAACGGUGCCGCUGUCCCAGGUUGCGGAGCUGUGGCUCUGUGCUACGGCUCCCUGCGCUACAGCAGGGUCUGCCAGCCAGAAACCAACAGUAGCAUCAUAGACGCCGUGGCUUUCACAAAGGAUCAGAAGCUGCUGAGCAUUUUGGCAGCAAGCAGUGGGUGGCAGGUGAUGCCCACUCUCAGGUCAGCGGAGGGGCCCCUUUCUCUCAGCCGCUGUUCCUGCUGUGAGGCGAGGACCCCGCUGGUGUGGACCACCUCCAUCCAGACCCCGCAUCUCUCCAAUCUCUGUCCCAGCUCCAACUUCUCCAGCAGCGUCGCCCUGUGCCUCGGGCCUCCUGGCAGUGACGGGGAACAGCACUCACUAAAUUGCAGUGGGUGGAGGACGGACAACAGCAGCAGGCGUGAGGUGGAGGUGGCCAUGUACCUUGAGAACUGGUGUCAUUGUGGGAUCUCUGCCCUCCAUCUGCGGGAGGUCAACAUUUCGUGCGUGGAGGGCUGGCUGAGCGUGCAGGGCAGCAUCCGGGCCCUGUCUGCCCGACAGAGGGAACUGAUCCAGCAGGCGUCCCGGGAAUACCGGUCCCAGGCGCUCGGAGAAGGCUGCUCCAACCACACUGUGCACAAGUCUGUGGGUGAAAGGUCUGCGCUGGGCUGGCAGAUUGGCCUAGUGGUGGGGACAUUGCUCCUGCUGGGCCUGGGAGCUGCCCUCUUUGCGUAUUUCUACAAAAAGAGGCAGCCUAGAGACUACUUCUCAAUGGAGCUCAACGAGAAUGAAGAGGAGCCUGACCAGCUCUAGCAGUGUGCUAGCCACCCCCCGGCACUCCAAUGGUUCUGGAUAAAUCUUGAUGAGCGUCUUGCCACUGUCUGACUACUUCCAGUCACACUAAAGAGAAUGAUGCUAAAGUUAGCAUACAUGCUAACUGUAUUGCGCUCGCAUCUCGCCACUGAAGUUUCCGUACUUAUUACUGCACUGCCUUGUGUUGCAAGGGUCACCACUGGUGUUUCAUUGAAAUUUUAAGGUUUUUUUUUAUUUUUUAAUGAAAUAUUUGUAUAUUCUUCUUGUACAAGCAAAUUUCUGUAAUAUGUUUGGUUCCAAACACCAGGAAAAACAUAAUCUGGCAGCAAAUUACCUUAGAGUUUUAAAAUGACUUACAUCUGUUAUGUGUCACUGAAAUGGUACAAAGCAGCAGGGUGAAUUAAAACUGCUGCUUCCACAGCCUUUCACAUGUAUAAGCAAGUGUUCUUUGCUCAUGAUUCAAACUAAAUUUGUUAUAAAAUGUGUGUCAUUUCUUGAUGAUCAAAUUUGGGAUGAAGGACCCAGAUGGCAGCUCCCUCUUCAGGCAGCACUUAUACAGUAACACUGUGUUUUGUGGGGUACAAAUAUGGCAAUAGGCAUUGGCAAAAAAAUACCCGGGUAAUGUCCAUAACAGUAACCAUAUCCAGUAAAACUUCAUAAGGCUAAUACAGCAACAGUGCAUUUUAUUGAUUAAUAUUAAAAUAUGCCCUUAUUUCAGUUUGUAAACAGUGCUGGAUAUUCUGAGGGGAAAAAUCGAUUUCAUUUCAAUUCAAAUAUACAGUACAUUACAGAAA